AUGCGCAAAACACUUCUCGCGCCCAUCAACGGCGCCUUCACCUCCCUGCCUCCCGUCACGCCCUGCGCCUUCACCUCCCUACUGCGCCAGCGUCAUGCACCGCGUGCAUGCCAGCGUCAUGCACCGCGCCUUCCACGCUCUCGGCCCGAAGCUGGCACAGCUAAUGUGCUCGCCUUCCACGCUACCGGCAGACUCGCUGGUGCGUGUGUGCUGUGCUUUCUCCAGCUGUUAAUUAUCUGGGGUGUUCUGCUCACGUACGCAUCGCACCAGCAGCAUUUCUUACUAUGGUUUGUUGAGGAGAUGGAGAUGGAGAAGGUGGAAGGGGAGGGUAUCGUGCUGGGCAAGCCAGUGUUGGGAGCGCAGGGGAGUGUACGAGUGGUGCUGCCAGACCUCUAUACGGAUGCACACAUGGUGGUGCAUGGAGUAGAUAGAAUAAUGGUGCCUGACAUUUUACUAGACCUCCAAUAA